AGCUGUCAGAAAGCGCCCAGUUCCUCCAGAAGACAGUCGGUAUACCCGUGGUUUGUUUCUGCUCUUCCGCUCACUUACCGUAGCUAAACUAUAUCUAGACCUCACGAAGGAGCAAGGACACAACACCAACGACGAGGAGAUAUCUGUUCUUGACCCGAACCGAGCCCGGCCAUGGACGAACAGGCAGGGCCCGGUGUUUUCUUCAAUAACAACAAUAACUCGAUUUUAGCCGGUGUGGGGAAGGUACUGCUACCGGAGGGGGAUGCAGGGGAAGCGGACAGGUCUCCGUACAGCAUCCCGGGGAUCCUACACUUCCUGCAACACGAAUGGGCUCGUUUCGAGGUGGACCGGGCUCAAUGGGAGGUAGAUCGGGCCGAAUUGCAGGCUCAGACGGCGUUCCUCCAGGGAGAGAGGAAAGGACAGGAGAACCUGAAGAAGGACCUGGUUAGGAGGAUCAAGAUGCUGGAAUAUGUUCUCAAACAGGAGAGGUACGUUACAGAACCCGAUGACCAUCUGUGGGUCUCUUGCGGUGUUGAUAUGCAAACUGUAAUCAAGUGUCAAACUCUGGUGGCAUGUGAGACAAUUUCGAUGCUAGCUAAUAAACAUACAUAUAGAUGACAUGGAUUUUUAGCG